GUCCUCCCAGGGGACGCCCCGCCCGCCUCCUCGGACGCCCCGCCCACCCGCCUCGCCCCUGACAGCCACAUUCUAAGGUGCGGAGUAAGCUGCUGGCUCAUUCAUCUCUACUAGAAGGUGCCCUUUUCCACCAGCCCUUCUGCAUCCUGACGGGGAGAACAGGACAGCGCCUGGCUCGGGCUGCCCGCAAUGGCCCUCCUGACACACCUGCUGGUCUGCAUCUUCGGCAUGGGCUCCUGGGUGGCUAUCAACGGGCUCUGGGUGGAGCUGCCCCUGCUGGUGACCGAGUUGCCCGAGGGCUGGUACCUGCCCUCCUACCUCACUGUGGUCAUCCAGCUGGCCAACAUAGGCCCCCUUCUAGUCACCCUGUUGCAUCGCUUCCAACCUGGCUGCCUGUCUGAGGUGCCCGUGAUCUUCCUCAUCUUGUGCAUAGGCACAGCUGCCUGCCUCCUCUUGGCCUUCUUGUGGAACAUGACCUCCUGGAUCCAGGGCGGACGCCAUAGUGUGGCCUUCAUCGUCCUCACCUUCUUCCUGGCCCUGGUGGACUGCACCUCCUCUGUCACUUUCUUGCCCUUCAUGAGCCAGCUGCCCACGUACUAUCUUACCACCUUCUUUAUAGGGGAGGGGCUCAGUGGCCUCCUGCCAGCACUGGUGGCUCUUGCCCAAGGCUCGGGUAUCACUACCUGUAUCAAUGCCACAGAGACACCAGGCACCCCCUUGAGCCCUGUGACCACAGUGGAGAGCGACAUCACCCAGACCGCCCACAGUCCUCCCCUGUCGCCCCUCGCCUGGCACCUGGAGAGCCGCUACCUGGCCCCACGCUUCUCACCACUUCUGUUUUUCCUCCUGCUGUCCUCCCUCAUGGGCUGCUGCCUGGUUGCCUUCUUCAUCCUGCAGCGGCAGCCCUGGGGACGGCAAGGCUCCAUAGAGGACCUUCUCCACUCCCAGGUCACCCUGCACUCCAUCAGGCCGCGAGACACAGAGGACACCAGCUCACUGGGUGCCCCUGUAAGCAGCCCAGGCAAGGGGCCAGUGGAAGUCAGUGUAGCCUCCCUCCGCCCAGCCCAGCUGACCUUCAUCUACUCCGUGGUGGCCUUUGUCAACGCACUCACCAAUGGCGUGCUGCCUUCAGUGCAGACCUACUCCUGUCUGCCUUAUGGACCUAUUGCCUACCACCUGUCUGCCACCCUCAGCUCCGUGGCCAGCCCUGUUGCCUGUUUCCUCCCCAUCUUCCUGCCUAACAGGUCGCUACUGUUCCUGGGGAUGCUCACAUUGUUGGGAACCAGCUUUGGGGCCUACAACCUGGCCAUGGCUGCCAUGAGCCCCUGCCCCAUCCUGCAGGGUCACUGGGGUGGAGAAGUUCUCAUCGUGUUCUCCUGGGUGCUGUUUGCUGCCUGUCUCAGCUAUGUCAAGGUGAUGCUGGGUGUGAUCUUACGUGACCGGAGCCGCAGUGCCCUCUUGUGGUGUGGAGCAGCGGUGCAGCUGGGCUCGCUGAUCGGCGCCCUGCUCAUGUUCCCAUUGGUUAAUGUGCUGCAGCUCUUCUCAUCAGCUGACUACUGCAGCCUGGAUUGUUCUGUCUAGCCUCACUCGGCCAUCACAGGACACCGCCGCUGAGGUGGAAAACCAGAACCCAGAGAGGCAAAGGCUAACAACCCCUGCCCCCUUUUCUGUGUGGUCAGAGAUCUGGAACUGAGCUUUUUAACCCAAAAGCCCUUCCCCCUAACCCCCGGAGCUGCAAAGCACAGCCCUCCCCCAACACUGUGCCCAGUGCUUAGGAGCCCCAGUUACAGACUUUGUUCUUUGACUUCAGAGAGAUCUGGUUUGUAGUAUUCAGCUGGAGGCAGACCAAGGACAUUAGGGGGAGAGGGUGGGAGAUUAAUCUGCCUGUUGCCUGCUGUGGGAACUUGGGGAAGUCUCUUGACUCCUCAUUAAGGAGGCUGUGGUAAGCAGCCUUUAGCUCAGGCAUCUAGUGGGCUCCUGAGAAAGUUGAGGGAACUCCUGCCUCUGAGAGCAAACCCCACCAGGAUGUACAGCAGACAGGGAGGACCUUAGAAAGGAGUCUCAGACAGUAGGGGUUUUGUCUGUAAUUAUUAUCUGGUUUUUGUAUUUUGUCCCUUUUUAUAAGAAUUAAACUUUGUAUGCUUUUACAGUA